CAGUUCCGGAACCCGCGGGCCCAGCCGCGCCUGCGCCUCCGCUCGUGCGUGGCUGCGCCGCGCGCUCUUACUCGGAGCUGCAGAGGCGGCUGGUGUGCCGCAAGCUCCGCGCCGACCCCUGACCCCUGUCCCCGGCCGGGCAUGAGCCGCUACCUGCUGCCGCUGUCGGCGCUCGGCACGGUAGCAGGCGCCGCCGUGCUGCUCAAGGACUAUGUCACCGGUGGGGCUUGCCCCAGCAAGGCCACCAUCUCUGGGAAGACGGUCAUUGUGACGGGCGCCAACACAGGCAUUGGGAAGCAGACCGCCUUGGAACUGGCCAGGAGAGGAGGCAACAUCAUCCUGGCCUGCCGAGACAUGGGGAAGUGUGAGGCGGCGGCGAAGUACAUCCGUGGGGAGACCCUCAAUCACCACGUCAACACCCGGCACCUGGACUUGGCUUCCCUCAAGUCCAUCCGAGAGUUUGCAGCGAAGAUCAUUGAAGAGGAGGAGCGAGUGGACAUUCUAAUCAACAACGCGGGCGUCAUGCGGUGCCCCCACUGGACCACCGAGGACGGCUUCGAGAUGCAGUUUGGCGUUAACUACCUGGGUCACUUUCUCUUGACUAACUUGCUGCUGGACAAGCUGAAAGCCUCAGCCCCUUCGCGGAUCAUCAACCUCUCGUCCUUGGCCCAUGUUGCUGGGCACAUAGACUUUGAUGACUUGAACUGGCAGACGAGGAAGUACAACACCAAAGCCGCCUACUGCCAGAGCAAGCUGGCCAUCGUCCUCUUCACCAAGGAGCUGAGCCGGCGGCUGCAAGGUUCUGGUGUGACUGUCAAUGCUCUGCACCCCGGCGUGGCCAGGACAGAGCUGGGCAGACACACAGGCAUCCAUGGCUCCACCUUCUCCAGCUCCACACUCGGGCCCAUCUUCUGGCUGCUGGUCAAGAGCCCCGAGCUGGCUGCCCAGCCCAGCACAUACCUGGCCGUGGCGGAGGAACUGGCAGAUGUUUCGGGAAAGUACUUCGAUGGACUCAAACAGAAGGCCCCGGCCCCCGAGGCCGAGGAUGAGGAGGUGGCCCGGAGGCUUUGGGCUGAAAGUGCCCGCCUGGUGGGCUUAGAGGCUCCCUCUGUGAGGGAGCAGCCACUCCCCAGAUAACCUCUGGAGCAGAUUUGAAAGCCAGGAUGGAGCCGCAAGACUGAGGACAGCUUUCUGCCAUGCCCGCAGCUUCCUGGCACUACCUGAGCCAGGAGACUGAGGACUGCCUGGCUGCCACGCCCGCAGCGUCCUCUAGGGGGCAGUGCUGGCACCACCUGAGCUGGGAGACCCAAGACUGGCGGCCGCCAUGCCCGCAGCGUCCUCUAGGGGGCGGUGCUGGCACCACCUGAGCUGGGAGACCCAAGACUGGCGGCCGCCAUGCCCGCAGCGUCCUCUAGGGGGCGGUGCUGGCACCACCUGAGCUGGGAGACCCAAGACUGGCGGCCGCCAUGCCCGCAGCGUCCUCUAGGGGGCGGUGCUGGCACCACCUGAGCUGGGAGACCCAAGACUGGCGGCCGCCAUGCCCGCAGCGUCCUCUAGGGGGCGGUGCUGGCCGCAGUGGACUGGCCUGCAGGGCUAUGUCUGGGGCGUGUGCCAGCGCAGAGUGGACCGCUCCCCAAGCCCUCCCUCCAGGCUCUGCCCAGCUCCCUGGUG